ACAAGACGACCGAGCGAGAUUGAGAAACUCAUAGCGACCCUUGCAGAUACACGAUAAAACUUAAAUAUACAGUUCAGCUUCGAUACACAUACAAGAUAAGUGUUCAAAACUAGAGACAUACAAGUUAAAUCGUUGGUUACUGCGGAGCACAUGUUUGCAAAAGGAGUGAAUUAUUUCAAGAAGAUCCAACUCUGGAGAAAACAGUGGCUGGCUAGUUUAGCCUAGCCAGGCCAGCAAGCUCGCUUUGGCACAUUUCGCAGAUGAGGUGUGAGGAGUUGGGAGCUGAAGGCUUUUGUAAAAGCAAAAUCUCAAAUUCAGAACAAAAAAAAAAUUAAGAAUUUAGAGAAAAGAUUUCUUCAUCAAUAGAUACGGCAUUACAAACUUCACUGAAAGUUUUGUCUAACAGCAGUUGCUGUUAUUAAUGCUGCCACCAGUUCUUAAUUAUGCUGUGUAUUUUCUCUAAGGUGUUUUCAGAUUGAUUCUUUUUAUUAAAGAUCUGAAGUUAUUGGCACAUUAGGGUGGUGUGCCAUCUUUUGGAGGUCUUAUUUCUGGCUUGAAAUUCAUCAGCUUUUAUCUCCCUGAAACUGGCAGCUAUUGAAAACUUGUAAAGAGUUUAGAAUUAACAAGUCCACCUCCGCACACAGCACCACCUCAUUCCUGUCCCCCGUUCAUCCUGGUCCUUAAAAGUCCUAUUCUUUGGACUAGAAAUCUUGAGCCCUCUGGACACAGAAUAUGACUGCUGAGACACUUAACUUCGGUCCAGAAUGGCUCCGUGCACUAUCCAGAGGGGGGAGUGUAACGUCCCCUCCCCCUUCCCCUGCAAUGCCAAAGUCCAAGUUGGCCGAUUACCGCUAUGGCCGCGAGGAGAUGUUAGCACUUUAUGUCAAAGAUAACAAGAUCCCUGAAGACAUGCAGGAAAAGGAGUUUGCUGCUAUCCUGCAGGAAGAACCUCAGCAGCCGUUGGCCUUGGUACCCCUAACUGAAGAGGAGCAGAGAAACUUCUCAAUGUCUGUGAACAGCGUGGCUGUGCUGAGGCUUAUGGGAAAAGGAGGUGGGGCUGUACCAACAGGUGUAAUUAGAGGGCGUGGAAGCACUCGAGGAGGCCGAGGGAGAGGCAGAGGAGAGGGUGGACUCUACCAAAGAAAUGUGGAUGAAGAGGUUGGGUUUGGCCUUGGAAGAGAGAUGCACCGCAGCCAGAGCUGGGAUGACAGAGGUGAGCGGCGCUUCGAGAAGCCUUUAAGGUGUGACAGUGUCAGUGGUGGAUUUGAGGAGGGUGGGACAGUAGGACGAAAAGACUAUGCCCGCUCGGACAGCAAUAACUGGCGAACACUCAGAGAGGAGCAGGAGGACGAUGAUGGGUCAGAGCCUGGGGGAAGCUGGAGGAUUGCAGGCGGACGGCGUGACGAUGGUGGUCCUCGUUCAGCAGGUUGGCGGGAACACAGCAGUGGAGAUGCCCGUCGUAGGAAGUUCGACUUUGACUUCCGGGAUGGAGAGAGUGGGCGGAGAAGGGCUGGAAGUGAGGGUGGAGAGGAAGAUAGAGAUGGCUUACCUGAGUGGUGUACAGAUGAAGAAGAGGGAGAGAUGGGAACAUUUGACUCCUCUGGAGCUUUUAUGUGCAUUAAGAAAAACCACAGAGAUGCAAUCCCUGAAGACCGUGAACUGGAAUUUGAGGCUCUGGAGGAGGAAGAGGAGGGUGGUCAGGAAAAUAAGGACAUCUCUGCUGAUAAACGGGAAGAUUGUGAGGUAGCAUCUGUGUGUGAGGGCGAUGGGAAGUCGUCAUCUUCUCUUGCUGCGUUUGCCCCUAAACACCCUUCAGAUGAAGAGUCUCCCAAACAGAUAGUCACUCCUCCCUCAAAACCUGCACCCCAUCCAGCUGAAGAUGCAGCUCCAGCAGGUGUGCGCACACAGCAAACAUGGAACUCCUCCCCUCUGUCCAGAGGUACUGGCCUGCCAACAGUAGGGAGGGACACUGAGGAAGAAGAUGGCAUGAAGCACCUUCAGCAGGAGGCUGAAAAAAUGGUGGCGUCCCUGCAGGAUACGUCCCUUGAGGAGGAAUGUUUUACUCAAGCACUUCAGGAGAGCCACAUUGCAGCGGCACACACUCACACACACCCCACUGUACACACACACUCUCAUUCCACCCCACACACGCUCCCACACUCUGCCAGCGCUCUUCCCCUCUCCCAUGAAUCCGCCAUGAAGUGGUUCUACAAAGACCCUCAAGGAGAGAUUCAAGGUCCAUUCACUACUGUGGAAAUGUGUGAGUGGUUUAAGGCGGGUUAUUUUGCCAUGACUCUGCUGGUCAAACGUGGCUGUGAUGAAGGUUUUCAGCCUCUGGGUGAAGUCAUCAAGAUGUGGGGGCGAGUGCCUUUCUCUCCUGGCCCUUCCCCUCCUCCCCUGCUGGUAAGAAAGAAGGGGAACAUGGACCAGGAGCUGUUGAAGAAACAGUUAGAACAGGCUGCCACUGCAGCUUUGUACCAACAACUGCAAAUGAGAUUCCAGCACAUAAACCGGAGUGGGGAGACUGGAAUAAUGCCUGCUAUGAACAGGUCUAUGUCAGUGCCGGACACUGGGCCCAUGUGGGACAUGCCUACCUCAGUCUCUCAGCAGUCGGGCAGUGAGACCAGUCUGUGGGACUUAACCAUGAGUAACUCUGCUCAAGGUCCAACGCUUGAACAUUUACAGAAAAUUCAGCAGGAGAGGCGUGAAGCUGAACUCAGGGUGAAGCGUGAAGAGGAGGAGAGGAAACGAAGGGAGGAGAAGCGUCGGCAGGAGGAACAGAAGAGGAGGGAGGAGGAGGAGCUUUAUAGACGAAAACAGAGCCGUCAGCAGCAGGAGUUGAUCAUGAAGUUUCUUCAGCAGAGCCAGCAGCAGAGUGUGUCCGGGGGCACAGGAUGGAGUGGAAGCCAGGCAGGAUCUCUUUCUCUGGGCAAGGCUGCAGGAAAGAGCAUGGGUUUUCUUGAGCUGGAGUCAGAGAGGCUUCUCAAACAGCAGCAGCAGAGAGCGCAGCAGCAAAGACAUGGAGGUUUGACGAUGGGCCAGUGGAGUGACGGCACAGCAGGUAUGUGGGCAGGAUCUGGCAUGGAAGGGAAGGUUGGAGGUGGCAACCCUGCUAUGGGCAUGUGGGAUGACGCUAUAAAGAUCCAGGCCAGCCAUCGCAACAUGGGCCUGAAGAACAGCCGAAGCAGUCCCUCUCUCAGUGAUCAGUACAUGCUGAAUCGCCGUAAGCACACUGACGAUGAGGAGAGACUUCUGAAGCUUCUUCAGGGGAUGAAACCUCAGGAUGGUUUCACCACUUGGUGUGAACAGAUGCUCCAUGCGCUCAACACCUCUGCAAAUAGCUCCUCUUCACUUGAUGUGCCCACCAUUGUGGCAUGUUUGAAGGAGGUGGAGUCACCAUACGAAGUUCAUGACUUCAUCCGCAUUUAUCUGGGUGAUACCAUUGAAGCCAAAGAGUUUGCCAAGCAGUUCUUGGAGCGCCGUGCCAAACAGAAAGCAAAUCAUCAGAGACAACAGCAGCAGCAGUCAAUGUUCCGGGCAGCUCACAUGAGUAAGGGCAGCAGUUUGUACGACACUCAGGGAGGAAAAGAAAAGAAAAAGCCUAGCAUGAUGCUCCACUCUGACCCCAGUAUUCUCGGCUACUCAUUCCUGGGGGGAGGUGAGCUGGAGCAGGUGGAGGAUUACUGACCUCAGCCCGUCUACUUGAGUUUACCUGAGGCCUUAAACCUGGAGCAAAUCAGCAGAGGAAUGUGCACUGCUCAGCGAGGGAGGGCUGGGACAACCCAUGUCCACGCCCCCUCUCCUCCUUUCUCUCUCACUCUGCACUGUGAGAGGAGCAGAAGAGAUGGUUAUUAGGAGGUUCAAUGUGAAGAGGAGAUCCUCUUCCGCCUCCCGUCAGUUAAGCACCUUACCAAAACCGUUGCACUUUAAUAUUUUCAUAUAUGAAAUGGAGUUUUGUCUUUUUUUACAAUGCAAAAAUGUGUGAAUAUAUUGUUGCAUAUAUUAUGUGUAGAAUUUGUAUGAGUAUACAUAGGAGAGGUAGGAACUGAGCAGUUACCGCUGUAUGGAACACCAAGGUUAAGAAUGUUCUUAGGGGAGAUUAGAGUUGACUGUCUCUCCUAAAAGACAAACACUGUUGUAUUUUUAUGUAAUUGUGAAGCUAUAAAAAUCAGAAUUUGAAAACUUGAAGAUUUGCACUUGUUUAACAAAAAAGAAAAAGACAAAAAAAAAAAUAGACUAGUUAACAAGGAUUUUUGUGAGCACGUGUCAGCCUAAAACAGAGAUGAAGAAAAGUCUGCACAAAUUGUAUUGCUUACUAGCCUGUAAAAAAAAAAAAAAAAAAUACACAUGCCAUGUUUUUAUUUUACAUUCAUCACAAUUUUUGUACUUCAUUGAGCAUGUCUGAUAAGGUUACGUUUUUGUUCAUGGGCUCUUAGAGACAAAGAGGUGAGUCAAGCAUUGCAUUUUUACCCUCCAGUGUUUUCAAAGCAUGUCUGAGGUGCUGUUUUGCCCAUUUGGCUCUGUUUUAAUCCGGGUCUCAGCGCAUGGUUUUGGUUUUUAAAUGUAGCUACUCUGUUGUCUGUACACAAACAAUACUUGCAUUACAACCCUUCCCCACUUGCUUUGUCCACGAUGUGAACUAUUGCCUUCUGUACAGAAAGUGUGCGCGUGUAAGUGUAAGGUCUGUUGGGUGGUGUUGAGUCAGCCACCAAGGCGCUGUGAUCCGGUGUGUGUUCAUUGUUACUUUUUUUUUUUUUUUGCUGUUGAAAAAGGAUGAUUUAUUUUAUUGGUCUAUACAAAGUAUUUGAACUUUAUAAGUUGGAGCACUUUCUAAGCUGCUACCUUGUAUUUUUUAUUUCUGAUGAUGUUGUAUUAUGAAUGAAUGUAUUCCAAAACAAACUAUGUGCAUCUGAAAACAAGGCUUGUGUGUCUCUGAGGAAAACGGACACACCUCACCAUUCGGAAUAUGCCUAUUAUCUGUGGUUAGAUUCUGGGAUUCAUGUGGCCUGUACUGAGUCAAUGGGCUCCGGUUGCUGGUGCUCUUCCAGAAGUCUCUCACACCACCCGGAGAUUCCUAAUUUCUGACUUGCCGAGCAGACAUCUAGAAAAGACUCAAAGGAUUGUCUUUUUUCUGUCAGUGCUCUUGAUACAGGGCAAAUGAGAGCCAAGGAUCUGCAGAGUGUAGCAGUAUUUUAAUUUUUUGAAACCAAAUCUAAUUUCUUUCCAUAAUACGUGAAUUUGGGAUAUGUUUUUCAUCAUAUAUUUGCCUGAAUCCUCUAUUAAAAAAAAAAAAAAAAAAAAAAAAAUCGACUUUGAGGUCAGAAGGAUCAGAGAUUUCAAUACUUGAUUUAUAGAAAAGAUACAUGCUUUAAGCUUAUUUCAUUCUUUAUUCUGACUGGAUUAUAUUUUUGUACAAAAAAAAAGGAGAGAAGGACUGAAAACAGACGUAAGAGUGGACAGUAGCACUAACAUAAAAGCCAUCCUGGAAUCUGGGAAGGAGUGGCAACCAGCUACAUUUAGUGCUUCACGUAGUGUCGGAUGGAGAACAUUUGUGUUCAUCACAUCCACAUGCAAACAGAAGGAUAGAGACUUACUGUUCUUUCAAGCUGCAAUCUCGCUCUUCAUCCUCUGAGAAAAAGCCACUCUCUGCAACACUAUCAAAUGAAGGAAAAUCCUACAGCAUUUGAAAAAAGUGGUCAUUUGAAUGUUCGAUUAAAAAAAAAAAAAAAAAAACCUUUAUGCCUUUUUAAAAACAAUACUGUGCGAAGAGACUGCAGGUUCUCAAGUCUAUCUAUCAUAUUUUUUUUUUAAACUCCCCUGUUGAGACUUGAGUCUGUGAUGAAUGUUUGAAGAAGGGGGAGAUGGACUGAAGCAAACUCCUUAUUUCUUCACACUUCACUUGAACUGAACCUCAAGAGCACAGAUGCAUCGUACCAGUUAAUAAAAUGAGAUGGCGAUUAAUACAGCUAUUAUACAAGGGACAGAGUUCAUGGAUAGAAGUGGAACUUAACAGUUGAACUGCAAGGAAAAUGCUCUUCAAGGAUUGAAUUUACCUAGAUAGCCAUGCUAGGACCAGCACACACCUAAAAUCCUCUGAUGUCAUCGAACUGAACCAAGCAAUAGACAGCUCUUUCUCUUGGUUUUUCUUUAUUGUCUUUCUCUUUUUCUUUCCUUGAUCCUGGCAUCGGUAGAAUGGGACCCACAAUCUAGGUGUAUGCUUAUGUGUGGAGAGACUAUGUAUGUCUUUAGAAAGACACUCAUGCUUUUGUCUCACUACAGAGUGAGGUGUGGACUGGGUGCCCUGUAAAUAAUGUAAAUGUUUUUUGGUCUGUUUGUUCUUGAGUUCUGUCCAUCUUAGACCAUCAUUUUGGGUUUCACAUGCUUUAAUUGAACAAAAUAGAACUGCACUGGCCAACAUUAAUGUAACACUCGUUAAAAAAAAAAAAAAAAAAAUCGCUGUAUUUACACACCUCUUGUGAAACCUGAGCCUGGCUGAUUGAUGAUGUUUCACAUACAUUGACUUCACUCAUACCAGACUGUGGAAGUUUCCUCAGUGUUUUCUAUUAAUUGUUGGUAUGUUAAUGUUCAAGUGAAUAACUAUUGUACUGAAAAGUUUGAUGAACAUUGGUAUGCUGAAAUCGUAAUGCUAAAAAAGGAGGGAGCUUGCCUCUAUCAGUUCAGUGACAAUUUUGUUUUUAAUUAUUUUAAAAUUGAAAUGAUUAGGUUGGUACAUACAGAACCUGGGGGUUAGUUUUUCCAUUGAGAUCAAAAUAUGUUAAACUUUAAAUACAUUUUUUUUUUUUUAAUUUGUAACUGGUUUUAUGUCAUUAUUUUGGAACUAAGCAGACAUCUCUAGAGUCUGUUUGGGCUCAGACCAUAAUAAUUGUUAAUGUUACCGCACAGACUUUAUUCACGCUAGCGCCAUCUUUGUUAAUGGGAAUGACAACGAGGCUGUGAGGGAUAGACUUACAUUUUCUUCAAUGGACCUUACUGAGGUUUAAAUUGUUUUUGGUUCGUUCCGCGAUCAAAUAUCUGUCCAAUAACAUUCAUUAUACAAAGAACUCCAGACAACAUGAGGUGUGGAAUAUCAGACGUGAUCUUGGAGCUUUAUUCCGUUUGUGGACCAAAGAUCACUGAAUAAGCAGUGAGCACAGAGUAGAUUUGACGCCUGCUUAGCAGAUAUAUUCCACUGUGGGGCAGUACAAUCACACUGCCAGUUGAAGGCCUCAUAGGGGAGAUAUAGUAAUAUUGUUCUUUCAGAACACAAUGUAUCCGAAAUCUUUUCACAGCACAAGCUCUAUUCCACCAUUUGAUUCCCCUGGUCCAGUGUUGAGUAAGUUACUCUAAUAAAGUAAUAACUAGUAAUGACAUCUACAGUGUAAUUAGAUUACUGUACUAAAUACUAUGUCUGAAAAGUAAGUGCAUUACAUAUUACUUUCUUAAACCCUUAUCAACCUCGACCAGAUGAAAAAUACAAGGAUAUACAUGAAGCUGUUCUUUUAAUUCUUUCAAAUAAAUAAUAUAAAAUCUAAUACAUUAUUUGUG